AUGGCAGCACUACGCCCCAAAGGACCUUUGGUCUCCUUCACUCCGGCCCUACUGCCGUCGAACAGAACAAUCCCAGGCCGAACUAUUUCCCUAGAGAAACUUGAACCCAAACACGCAAAUGACCUCUUCGCACUCACCGGCGGAGAUGAGUCCACCCCCAAUGCAUCCCUCUGGGACUACAUGUUCGACGGCCCAUACAGCGACGCAGACAAAUUCAAAGCCAGCAUCGCAACAAAGUCAACCUCAACUGAUCCAUUCUUCUUCGCGAUCAUCGACAAGCGAAAGACCCUUCCAACAUUCGGAAAGGCAAUUGGCUAUCUAUCAUUGAUGCGAAUUGUGCCCGAUCACUUGGGAAUUGAAGUCGGGAAUGUUAUGUACUCGCCUGCUCUCCAACGGACGACUGGUGCUACAGAAGCUAUUUAUCUUAUUUCCCAAUAUGCAUUCCAUGAUCUUGGCUAUAGGCGGCUGGAGUGGAAGUGCCAUGCAUUGAAUGAGCCAUCUCGUCGGGCUGCUUCGCGUUUGGGAUUUACUUAUGAGGGGACCUUCCGGCAGCACAUGAUCGUUAAGGGGAGGAACCGGGAUACAGCUUGGUAUUCUAUAUUGAAGGAUGAUUGGGAUGCUUCUUUGAAGGUCGCACUGGAGAAGUGGCUGGAUGAGAAGAAUUUCAAGGAGGAUGGUAGCCAGGUUAAGACUUUGCAGGAUUUGAGGGGCGAGAGUGCAUAG